AUGUCGUUCUUCUCUCCCACCAACCAAACAAUAUACUCAUACUCCCCAAACUACUACGCCCUAAAUGUCAGCCAUCAUCAUCAACAACCUUCGUCAAACUCGUUAAAGAAACUUCCCACGUUGAUUCCUAUGAAAAUAGCAUCUCCUAUCAAUGAUUCAGUAGCGUUAGAUAUCUCCAGUAGUACCCUCUUAGUACGGCCACGCUCAUCAUUAAACCCUCCGCCAAUAUCCACCGGGCCUUUUGCCCUACCGUUGUCCGUCACUUCAUUAUCAUCCCCUUCGUCGCUGCUGCGUACCAGUAGUGCCGAUCUGUUGUCUCCUUUGCCCCCAAUAUCGAUAGAUUUCUCAAAAAAAUCCUCAUCAGUUGUCCUGCUUCCUGAUCUAGUUUCCUCUCCACUAGAUAUUAAUAAUAAUGAUAAUAAUAACAAAAACAAAAACAAGAACAAGAGCAAGAGCAAGAGCAAGAACAAGAACAAUAAUGAUGACCAUAAUAAUAAUGAUAAUAUUCAACCUUCACUGGGGAAAAAAACUUCGGCUCCUCCAUCUCGGUCAGCUUCGCCUAUUAAUAAACAGAAAACUAAUGGUGGUGCUAAUAGUGGUCCAAUGGAUCCUCAAAAAAAAUACCAAUGCAGAACUUGUACCAAAAGCUUCACCACCUCUGGUCAUUUGGCAAGACAUACGAGAAUUCACACUGGUGAAAGAAAACACGCUUGUCCUUACCCUAAUUGUGAGUCGCGAUUUGCUAGACAAGAUAAUUGUAUGCAACAUUAUCGAACCCACUUGAAUGGUGGGAAACGCAAGAGGAAAAAGUGGUAA